UAAAGUUUAUUUUUUUAUGUUUACUGUUUGUGAAUUUCGUCAACUGCGAUGACAGCGAGGAGUCUCCAAAAUCAACGGGUUUAUCAGUUUUUCACAAUGAUACGAAACAACUACUUGAGCUGUGCUUUCCUGAUAAAUUGAACCCUGUGGUUAUAACUGUUGACUUGAUUGACAUCAUGUUCGAAAUUUCAAUGAACGAAAAGGUCAACGCGUCGAUUGUAACAAUCGAUUAUGAUUUCAAGUCAACUGCGAUGAAAUGGUUCUAUCCAAAUCAUCCUUCGUACAUUCUAUCAGCAGAGUCUGAUAGAAAACUAAAAGCUCUUCUUCACGAAAUAAAAUCGUCGAUUAUUUGGAACGUCGAGUCAUUGGUUUUCGUUGUUGAUGAAAAUUGUGGAAACGCAAUGAAAGUACUGAGGAUGGUGUGGGACAAUGAAGCCCUUGGAUCAUUUUACGUUUGUCGAGAUCAAGUCAACAAAAAUACGAUGGUGUAUACAUUUAACCCCUACACUGAUAGAGCACCGAAACCCUGGAAAAGAGUUAAGAAGAAAACGAGUGAUAAUCGAUGGACAUUGUAUAAGCAGACAUUUAAAAACGAUUCAGAAUCGUGUCAAAGUUAUCAUUUUGACAAAACCAGAAUUCUGGACGGUUUUCCAGUAAAAGGUUAUGCACCUUAUUCACUCCGUGAUGUUUCAUCAAAUGAACUCGAUUUUACCGGAAAGCCACGAUUCGUUUUUGAAAAGAUAUUUUCAAUGUUGAAUGUCACACCGGUGAUGCACUACCAUUGGCCUCAUGAAGUUUUACACUCUAACGGAACUAAAAAAUUAUUUAAUAAUAAUAUUUACGAUGUAUGGUUCGAUUUAAAACCACUCGAUAUACUUUAUUACGAAUAUCUCGAUGUUAUUCCUCUAUACUCGGAAGACGGCUUCACGAUAGUAACAAACUCACGUUCUACUCCAAUCCUUGACGAAAUUGUCGACAGUAUGUUCAGUUAUCAAAGUAUGACACUCUCAAUUAUUAUUCUAACUAGCAUUUAUGCACUUAUCUUAGUCAAUAAUAAGUUCAAUUUUGUCGAAACCUUUUUCGAUAUCGUUUUGUUGGUACUGAAUAUGGGGAUGGCGACACGCAUUGAGCGUUUAUUUAUGCGUAUCACUUUUUUAUCUGCAUCUUUAUUCAUAUUGAUGUUUAAUCCAGCAUUAGAGGGUCAACUCAUGGCGUUGCUUGCAAAACCGAGUUACCGUAGAGUUGAAAAAUUGAAUGAUUUACAUUCACAUAAGUAUAAAAUAUUUUUCGACGAUAGUAUCCGUGAUUAUAUAUUCGACACAGAAAUAUGGUCAAGUGAUACUGAUAAGGAAUACUUGCAUGAAUCAUAUAUAAAUGGUUAUGAUAAAUGCUACUAUUACAUUAUGAGAGAUUAUGCAGGUUCGGUAGAAUUUGGAAUGUCAGAGUCGAUUAAGGUAAUUGAUCCCGUUCCGAUAAAUUAUUCACUUCCAGUAAAUGUUUCUCAUCUGAUUAAUGAUUCGCGCCCGAUUAAUAUGUCAAGUCCGUUAAAGUCUCCAAAUUUGGAAUAUUAUGAAUCAAUCACAAAAGAUUCUUUAGCAGCUUGUAUAUUUGCUUAUAAGUUUCAAUUAUCUGAAAAACGUUCGCAAAAAUUAGAAACGAAACGUACUAAACUACGGCGAAAAUUAGCAUUGAUCAAUAAACAAACUGCCGUUGCUGAAACACGGGUUUAA